AUGUCUACACAGCCAGUGCAAUUCUUAGGGCCAGAAAAUGACUCGACGUGUAAGAGAUGUGGUGAAGAAAAAGCAGUGUUAGUCUCGCGAAGAGAUCUUUUCUGCUCGGGCUGUUUCGUAUGGUUUAUGCGUGGAAAGCAGAGGAAGCUGAUGCUCCAUGAGAGAUACAAAGUCAAGUAUGGUGCUGUUGCUGAUAGGCUCGGCGUGCAGAAAGUAUUGCUUCCCGUGUCGUUUGGUGCUUCUUCUUUGGUGCUUUUGGAUAUGGUGGCCUCGCUUCUUCAGGAACAGAACUUGGCCCACAGUGGAAAACAGGGGUUUGACUUGGUUCUCUUGCAUAUUCUCGAGGAAAAGGGUCCUGAUAGGGAAGAAGCAGAGCUGAAGUUGCUGGCUUUGGCUCAACGGUAUAGUCCUGUUGCUGUGGAUGUGGUGGUUAUUGAUCCUGACACUUUCCUUCUAGACAAGAAUAGUCUACAGAGGAUUCAGGUGGGCGCUGACUUUCACGUUAUUCACCAGCUGCAUAAGCUUAGUAAAGACGUUACCGUCCAGCUGCUUCUAGAAAACUGUGUUUCGAAUUCGCUGCGUGCUGAUCUUCUACAGCUCGUUUACCAUGACAUAAUAGUUCAGAACGCCGUAUCUAAAGGCUGUCAAACGGUUAUUUUGGGCCACAGCAUGACCAGACUUGCCAGUGAAGUGCUCUCAUUGGCAGUCAAAGGAAGAGGCGCUGAAAUACAUCAAGCGAUUGCUGACCGGUCUUUCCCUCAUGGUGACCAAGAAUUGCAUAUCUUGUUCCCACUUCGAGACAUUCUUUUCGCCGAAGUGCAAGCAGUUUUAGACUUGACCGAAGGCUUAAGUCUGUUUUUGGUGCAAAAGACAGUUGCAUCUACACUCGUAAAGAACAUGACAGUGCAGGCACUUUCAACGAAAUACUUCGAGGACCUUGGAGCUAACGGGUAUGCUUCAACCGCUUCAACUGUUGUGAAAACAGCUGAAAAGUUGGGAGCGCCAAAGAACGAAGUCACUGGAAAGUGUCGUGUGUGUCUGGCUGAUAUCCACACCAAGCCAAAGCUGUGGCUUCAGUCCAUCACCGUGAAGGCCGCAGCUCCCUUAGAAACCGAUUUGGAGAGAGAUUUGGCACAAGAGUAUGAUGAAGUGAUUGGAACAAACGAAUUGCAAGGAAAAGAGUUGGACGUUUGCUACGGCUGCACCGUGACGUUACUAGGAGCAGGCGACAAAUUUGCAUGGCCCGCCAGAGCGAGCAAGGAGGAGAUUUUGGAUGAGUUCAUCUUAGACGAUGACGAAUAA